AUGGGCGCCGCUGCGCUUAGCGUUUGGUAACUUUGGAAAAGAGGAUGCUGAAGUCAGUCAAGCUUUGGGUCUUUGAGAGCCCUUUAUUUCUGCUGAGUUUGCCCCUAAAUUGCCCCGUACCGGCGAAAUUUAUGGAGUAAUUAAAGUUUUACCCUUUGAUCUAUAAAUUUCCACCUUCGCCGCAGCGCCGGAUUCAAACAAAAUUUUCCUUGGAUCCCAUAACAAAGCUAAGAACAUCCAAAAAGACACAUAAACAUAUUUAUUUAGGUUUCGGCCAAAAUUUUCAUUAAGGUCCUGACUUUAGGCUCAGAAAGCAUAUUUAUUCAACAUUUACCCAAAAUUUUCCUACAGGGCCCAUAAUAAGCCCAAAACUUCAAAAAAAGGCUCACGCAAUGUUUAUUUUCGAUUUUGACAGAAAAAAAAUCAUUUAACCCUGAAUAACACAGAAAACUUUUAAAAAAUCCUCGCCCAAAUAUGUAUUCAUCAUUUGACCAAACAUUUCCUUAGAGUCUCAUAAAAACCUGAAACUUCCAAAACAGACUCAAAAAUUAAUUUUUUAGGUUUUGACAAAAUUUUCAUUAACAGAAACAUAAAAAAUGGCUCAGAAAGCAUAUUUAUUCAACAUUUGCCCAAAAAUUUCCUCUAGGGCCCAUAAUAAGCCCAAAACUUCAAAAAAAGGCUCACACAAGAUUUAUUUAUGAAGAAAAUUUCAUUUAAGCCCUGAAUAACACAGAACUUUAAAAAAAUAAAUCCUGAGCGAAAUAUUUGUUUAUCAUUUGAUCAAAAAUUUCGUAACAAUCCCAUAAAAACUGAAACUUAGAAAAGAGACAAUAUUUUGACAAAGUUAAGGUACUACUCUCAACUUUUGUACUUUAAUUUUUGACAAGAUAGUUUACAUGAUGCCCACAUUAAGCGGAUAGGACCAUUUUUAAUUAAUCAGGUCAAAAGAGAUGAAUCCCGUUUAAUUAAUCAGCUUAUUUACUAAACACAAAGCCCACCACGGUAGGGAAAUCUGACCACCACUGUGUAUUCUUGUUCAUUUGAUCCAAAAAUUCGUCAGUUUUCAACCUGUGGGAAUUAUUUCUGGAAUGGGCUGAGAAGGGCGAGAUGGGGGGAAUUGGUUAAGCUCGAAGUUGGGGCCGUUCUUCUUCCUACUCGUGCAGGUUUCCUGCACUUGUGUGCGUCCAUCCGUCUUUCUCACCGCUGUCGAUUCUUUCUUCUCAUUUCUUCCAGCUGCUUCGGUCGACGGAUGGAGGUGUCGGCCUGAAAGCGCUGGCCUCCCUUCCGUUUCGUCUGGCUAGGCGAAAACGGUGGCGGAGGGCGGCGACGGUCCCCUCUCCCGAAGGACGUCCCGUCUACUUCUCUUCCUCCGGACCGCGAGCUUCGAGUGAGGAGCGGCGUCUCUUGAUCUGAGUCGUCUUCCUCCCCUUCACCCUCCUUGGGUGACGGCGCCAGAAUCAGCGACAAGUAUCGGGCGGCGUCCAGAGUCACAAGCGUGAGGACUUUUCCUCACAGCAAGUUGGCUGACGACAGCUUCCUCCCCUCCUUUCUAUUUCUGGACAUUGAAGCGUGUGCUAAAAUGUGUGAGAAGCUUUCGUAGGGGAGAAGGACGGGAGUAUAUGAUUCUGGGUGCGUUAGGCCACUACAGUAGGAGUAUACAAAUCAUCACCUAGGUGUAGAAUGUGGUUGUGUUAUGAGGAACUUUUUGUGAGGAUAUUGCAAAGACAAUACACAUUCCCUUUUCGUUUCUCAAAUGCAAUGAAUAUGCCCAAUUUUAGGGGGAGGAAAGAAAACUGAAGAUCAAAAGUUAACAAUGGGCUUCUGGCAGUCCUCAGUAACCCUUUUCCUUAAAAGGCCUGAAGCAGAUCAGAAUCAGCUGAUCCCCAUAAGAUCUUAUGAUUUUUGGAGGAUUUCUUUGUUUUUUUCCUUUUUAUUUAUAGCGUUCAAGGAGUGUUGUACGUUUAGCUCCUAGAUGUAUUAGCCAGACAAUUUGGCAAAUGAUGCCCCACCCAUGUCAUCCUCUUUUUUACAGUCUUGCAGUUGUCAGGACCAUAACCUCCCUAUCAGCCUGCUUCCUUUUCCGACAAUGAUAAUGAUAAUGAUUAUUAAUGAAAUGAGGGGUGAAAGAAAUUGUAUGCAUGACCGAUAAAGUGAUAAUAUGUCCUCGAAUUCCUUGCAUUUGAUCAUGAUGAUGUGUAAUUUUUUUUGUAGUUCAAGCUUUACAGAGUUGCUUGCAAGGAGCUUCUUUACCAGGCUUUCAGAAGGGAUGAACAAACUCUUAAGUGGCCUUCAAGGCCUUCUUGGGCCUAGUUUCCGAGGCAGAUAUUCCCAUGUAGGUGUCUUGCCAUUCUUGCUCAUUCUUUUGCUUCAGUUACCAUCUAAGGUGUUCUUUCCCUUGCCUAGCCUUUUACUUGUAUUCUAAUUGUACAGUAACUAGUUAUUACCUUAAUUGCUAACAUAUUUCUUAGCUUCUUGGUUUUUGAAGAGACCAUGACCAAAUAAUGGUACCGAUCAUCCUUUUGAACAUUUGAAACGUCCUUGAAACAAUUGUAUGGCUUUCAAGUUUUCUAGAAAUGGCUUCACUAUUCAUUGGAACUUAGUUGCUGACAAAAGUGACCUCGUGGCAUCUAUGAAUCGUGUUGCCCAUGGAAGAGUAUACUGUUGCAGUGUUUGUGGAAUCGAUAACUUUAGUACACACUUGGCCUUUGUGUAUUUACCACCAUCAGUAUUUUUCUUACUUCAUUUUUUAUUCUUGAUCUUGGUGUAAACUUGGAGCGUCCUGGAUUUUUUCAGUUGGAAGUGUUCCACUUACUUCUAGAAUUCCUUUGAUCCAUGAAGCUUUUGCACAUUCAAUGGGCGAUUCAUCCUAGAUUAAUUUGCAUUGAUUUGUCAUUUGAGCCUCUCUCUUGAGUAUUUUUGCUUUUUUUUUUCUUCUUGCAGGCUUCCCUCUCAUCAUUUCCUUCCUGGACUCAAAAACCUUUUUUUAGGCAUCUAGCUUCCAGCACAGUAGACGGUGAACCAGCUGUGCUUAACAAAGCGGCAGAUGUUGCUUCUAAGCAAGGGGGGGACGAAGGAUCAAAUCAGAGUGGCCCUGCUGGAAAGCCUGUUAGGGGAGGGGUAACUGCUGCUCUGUUCUUACUAUAUUUUGCUUCAGCCCAUCCGCUAAUGUGUUCUCAUCUCUUCUUGAAUGUUCCCUGGUGUGUUCUUCACUGGGUUCAUGGAAUGGUUUUGUCAUCCGUUCAUUUAUUGAUUCUCUCAUCAUGUGAAAUGAAUGUGUCCAACUAUUUAAUAAAUAUCCAAGAUUCCUUAAGAGCCAUAAAAAACGCUUUUUAAAUGCAAGGAAAUGGAAUUCAUUAUUAUUGAGCGGGGAACUCAGAAGCUGAAUUGAAGGGAUCAUGUCUCGUGAUGCCACCAAUUGCGGACUUGUUGGGGUGUCCGUGGGCUGAAACCGGAAAAUCAAGCACAUCAAUCGCCUUUCCACUUCUCUCAUAGGCUGAAACCCAAUCUUAGCCACUACUUACCUAAUCCAUCAGGCUACCUGAUACUGAAGACAAUUUACAUAAAGGGAACUGUCCUGGGAAGAACAAAAUAAAAGCUGACAGUUGCCUAUGAAGUGGUCUUCAGAUAACGCAUGUGAUUCAGUUUGGAUUUAGCUCUUGACCCUAGAAACUUCAAGAACAGGUGACUUAGGUCUUCACCCAUGGUACCUACCGUCUUCUUCAACAAAUUUGGUCUUUCUUUCCUAAUAAUUAAAAAAUGAAGAUGUUACAAGGAUAGGGCUUGAAUAAACCAAUCCAUACUGUGGUAGUACCACCCCCUGUCGACGAGCUUUAUCCAGGGAUAGACAGAUGACACUAUUUAGUCCACUUGAAUCUCAACCAUCAAUCCUCCAAAGCCAGUUGGCUGGAAAGUGCUGUCGGAAGUGUCUACACUAACCACUUCAGUUUUCUCUUACUUCUAAAACCUCUGUUCCAUUUCAACAAAUGACUGUCUUAGUCGUCUUCGGAUGCCCCAUACAAAACCCAUACCCGGUAACAGCCUCCAUUCUCUCCUAGUUUACGAUUUGGCCAAUGUAUCCCCUGGGAAUAUAUCUCUCCAUUCUCUCCUGUUAUGAAUAGCCCUCCUCCCUCCAUCGCCUCUCUUCUUUUUCAAAGAGGGAGGCAAGCAGAAGCUACACAGAGAAAAAACGAGGAAGGCGGGGUGCUGUGUGUUCUUUGACUCUCUUCUUUAGCUAAAGUCCUGAAGUUACCUUUCAGUGAAUAGUGUGCCAUGCCACCAUCUUCUGUGCAACGUUUGCCUUGAUAAUCCCGCUGGUCAUAGCAGAAGAAGGGGCAUGGAGAUAAAAUUACGUCUCAAGUGUCUCUAGUCAGUCUAUUGGUUCCUUUACAAUUUAUAUAUUUUUUUCUUGUAAUACUUGCAUAAUUUGUUUUUUCUAUUCUUGGUACCCUUGUUAUUUCCCCUUGCCCUUGGUAACUUAUAUUGUUUAUUCCUCUGCAUUGAGUCUUCAGCCUGUGUCAUGGCUCAGUCUUCUUUUGCUUAUUUUGACCGGAGGAGGUAUCAUCGUUUACUAUGACAAAGAGAAGAAACGGCACAUUGAAGGUUUGUGAUAGCUGUUGAAUGGGAAGACGGAAACUUCUGCCUGUUAUUUGCAUCAAAUUUAUUUAUUUAAGUUAAUAAAUAUUUUCCUACAUUUCUCAGUUCUUAUUUUCUUAUUUUUCAUAAAACCCGAUUACUUUCUAUCACUUGUUACACUUGUGUGAACAUUUUUUUUUUAAAUUUCUUGAACCAAGUUCAACUUAUGUUGUUUUCCUAAUAGCUACCGAAUCGGAGAUCUUGGUUAAUGCAUGAAAUACAGCCUAUUCUGGACUACCAAUGUAUGAAUUUCCUCAAGAAAAAUUAAUGUGAAGUCAGAUAAAUUCUCUCCUCAUUGAGUAUCAGCCUCCUUAUCGUAAUCUUUUUUAUCUUCAUUACUUCCAAAUAUAACAUGAUUUAUGCUGUAGAAUUAAAGGUGUCGUCUACCGCAACCAAGCCAGGACCUUCUGUGGGAAUGGCUGCUAUUGGCGGCCCGUUCAAGCUCAUCGAUCACGAUGGGAAGCCUGUUACAGAGAAGGACUUUGUUGGCAAGUGGACUCUAAUAUACUUUGGCUUUACUCACUGCCCAGAUAUUUGUCCAGAUGAACUUCAGAAGUUAGCUGCUGCUGUUGACAAAAUUAGUAGGUUCCCCUCUUCACUUCUCUUUCACACCAUCUCAGAUUCAGAUUUCUUCUAUGCUCUCUCAUGAUAACUGGCCAUGGCAGUGAUUUUCAUGUCCGUUUCAUUGUUUAGAUAACCGGGUAGUGCUACUUUUAUAUCUCCUUCCUUAUCAUUAUCCUUCCUACGAUCUCAUCUAGUUCUGUGUUUCAGUUUUUUUUUUUUUUUUUUUUCUCUGUAUUAAAAAAAUGUAGGAUUGUCGCUGAAGCCUUUCGUCGUAAAAACCCUCUUGCAGAAUCAGUUGCAGGCAUAGAGAUCGUUCCUAUUUUCAUCUCCGUUGACCCUGAGAGGGACACUGUUGAACAAAUCAACGACUACGUCAAAGGUAACACCUUCCCACUUCAGUUUCUUCAUUUCUUCAGACUUGAACCCUCGAUAUGCUGAAUAUUCUACCCACGGUCACGCCCGAAAGAUAUUGCGACCGCAUGGUGUUAAUGAGGUGUUGUUCUCGCAUGAUGGUUCCUGCCAGCAAAGAACUCGUCCCUUUUAAAUGGUGGAAUUAUGUGUUCUUGAUGUCAAUAAGCAUGGUCCCAUGUUGGAGUGCUACAGAAAGAGAAAACCUGCGUAGCCAUGAUGUGUGGGUUGGAUGGCUCAGUAACGUUGACAUGGUCUCAGAGCUGAUGGUUAGUUGUUUGCGGGCUGAACGCACCCAUUGACAAGAUGAUGCCCAGAAGUCAACGUAGAUGGAAUCAUAUGCGGCAGAAAUGCUUAAGAAUAGUUCCAUAUAUGGAAGAAAAUUCUUUUAUAUAAUCUUGUUCCUUCUUCCCUUGCAGAAUUCCACCCAAAUUUAAUUGGCUUAACGGGAACUAACGAGGCUGUGCGGGAAGCAGCUCGCGCCUACCGGGUUUACUAUAUGAAGACAGAAGAAGAGGGCUCUGACUAUCUUGUUGAUCACUCCAUCGUCAUGUACGCGUUGCAUCACGCUGUUUGAUAGUUUUCUUCCAUAUAGAAUUUGCGUUCACCUUUUUUUUUUUUUUUUUUUUUGAUGAUGCACUGGUUUUUAGGGUUUUUUUUUUAAAUUUGAAACGUUAUAAAAAUGCUUGGACUCUAUGAUCCAGAAAACAGAUUUCCGUUGUCAUCUGCUCCGGUGGGUUGACUUUUGUGCUGUAUAAUGUGUGAUCUUCCAAUGAGGUGGCCGUUGACUUGAUGGUUCUGGCUUGCAGGUACUUGAUGAACCCGAAGAUGGAGUUCACCAAGUUCUUCGGCAAGAACUACGAUGUGGACGCACUCUCUGAGGGUAUAAUCAAGGAGGUGAAGCAGUGGAAGAAGUAG